GAUGUCCAUACGGAAGAAACUGCGGCUUUUGUUUGAGGAGCCCCAGGUGGGCGGCACAAUCACGGUAGAGCGGGCAGGACCUCGGACGCGGCCCGGCUGCCAAGCCCCCAAAAGCGCAACGAAGCAGGAGAGCCGCGGGGAGCGAGUCCCGGGCGCUCGGGGACUCAGGCUGGAGGACUGCGCGGUCUAUCAGUGCCGACGCUGCCGGGUCGUAUUAGGAGACUCGCUCCACUUGUGCGCGCAGGAGGAGAAACUCCGGGUUUUUGUUUGCUUCAAGGUCACAAAAGAUGUUGUUGUGGAAGACAACUUGAUGGUUUGUGUUGAAGGAGACCUCAUUGGUUGCACCUACAACACAUUGCGUUGUCAGUCCUGUGAACUAGACAUUGGCUUUAUUCUCUAUAGUUCAAAGUCACUGGCUUACCUGCGUGGCCUCUUCUGCCUUUUUAAGAACAACAUCACAUGUUACUUGCUACAAACUACCACUACAGUAGAAGCUUCAAAAGUAACCUGUCCUGUUGUGAGCCUAAAGGAACAUGUAGAAAAAUUAAAAGAUAAUCUUGUACAAGUUCAUGUACGCAUGGAAUUGCUAAUUAAGAAACUAGAAGAAUUCAGUCAAGGGAUUACAUCUGAGAAGGAGAUCUGUAAAGGAAGACUGUAUGGAUAUACAAAUAGAAAGUUGAACAGUUAA